ACCCCACUCCAGCUGCCUGCGACUGUGCCUUUAAAUUGCUGCUUUCGGAGGGUGCAUCUAGGGGGAUGUGGGAGGGAGGGAAACAUCUUUCUGCCUGUCUCCUUCCUCCCUCCCCUCCAAGACUCUCCAGGGUUUGCAGAGUGAUUGCUACCCAAAGAGAAUCUUUUCUGGCUCCCUGACCGCAGGCUGAGGCCCUCCUCAGUCCAAGACAAGUCCAAGCCGUUGCUGGAGCUGGUAGGGUUAUUCGUGUCAGGUUCAGUUCCAGGGGAAUAGUUCUAGACCCUGAGUGCUAAGGACAGGGCAGAAAAGAGGCAGAAGAGGAGAGCUCAACUCCUAGCCCAGCCACACAGGCUCCUUAUUCAAGCCCAAGUUGGAGAAGGGCUCUGUACUGUUGCCUUUCCCAUAGGGAUACCUGGUCUCACCUUGGCAGCCAGGCUGAGAAAGGACUAUAAGGUCCCUGCAGAAUGACAACUCUUGUUCCUGCAACCCUCUUCCUUCUCCUCUGGACCCUGCCAGGGAAGGUCCUCCUCAGUGUGGCUUUGGCAAAAGAGGAUGUCAAAUCUGGGCCCAAAGGGUCCCAGCCCAUGUCCCCCUCUGAUUUCUUGGAUAAGCUUAUGGGACGGACAUCUGGAUAUGAUGCCAGGAUUAGGCCCAAUUUCAAAGGCCCACCUGUGAAUGUAACCUGCAACAUCUUCAUCAACAGUUUUGGCUCCGUCACUGAGACCACCAUGGACUACCGAGUAAAUGUCUUCUUGCGGCAACAGUGGAAUGACCCACGUCUGGCCUACCGAGAAUAUCCUGAUGACUCUCUGGACCUAGACCCCUCCAUGCUCGAUUCUAUCUGGAAGCCAGACCUAUUCUUUGCCAACGAGAAAGGGGCCAACUUCCAUGAGGUGACCACAGACAACAAAUUACUACGCAUCUUCAAGAAUGGGAAUGUGCUCUACAGCAUCAGAUUGACCCUCAUUUUGUCCUGCCCAAUGGACCUCAAGAACUUCCCAAUGGACAUCCAGACAUGCACAAUGCAACUGGAAAGCUUUGGCUACACCAUGAAUGACCUCGUGUUCGAGUGGUUAGAAGAUGCUCCUGCUGUCCAAGUGGCCGAGGGGUUGACACUUCCCCAAUUUAUCUUGCGGGAUGAGAAAGAUCUAGGAUAUUGCACCAAGCAUUACAACACAGGAAAAUUCACCUGCAUAGAGGUAAAGUUUCACCUGGAGAGGCAGAUGGGCUACUAUCUGAUUCAGAUGUACAUUCCUAGCCUACUCAUUGUCAUCCUGUCCUGGGUCUCCUUCUGGAUCAACAUGGAUGCUGCCCCUGCCCGUGUAGGCCUCGGCAUCACUACUGUCCUCACCAUGACUACCCAGAGCUCUGGAUCCAGGGCCUCUUUGCCUAAGGUAUCCUAUGUGAAAGCGAUUGACAUCUGGAUGGCUGUAUGCCUGCUCUUUGUAUUUGCUGCCUUGCUUGAGUAUGCUGCAGUCAAUUUUGUCUCCCGUCAGCACAAGGAAUUUAUGAGACUUCGUAGAAGGCAGAGACGGCAACGCAUGGAAGAAGAUAUCAUACGAGAAAGCCGCUUCUAUUUUCGUGGCUAUGGCUUAGGACACUGUCUACAAGCAAGGGAUGGAGGUCCAAUGGAAGGAUCAAGCAUUUAUAAUCCCCAACCUCCAGCCCCUCUUCGAAAGGAGGGAGAAACCAUGAGGAAACUAUAUGUGGACCAAGCCAAGAGAAUUGACACCAUUUCCAGGGCUGUCUUCCCCUUUACUUUUCUUGUAUUCAAUAUCUUCUAUUGGGUUGUCUAUAAAGUUCUAAGGUCAGAAGAUAUCCACCAGGCACUGUGACUAUGGUAGAGGCUAAAAUGU